GGGGGUGCACGUAUGCAGAGGGACUGGGGAAGCAUGUGUCUGUGGGCAGGACACGGGGACGUGUAUAACACGCCUGCGUUGAGACUCGCCCCGUCUCAGUCCACCUGUUGCUCCCGGCCCAGGCAGCACGCGCCAGCCACGAGCUGUGCUCGCACCGCAGCUGGGGGAGAAGAGCAAAAAUCGGCAUCAUGUCAGCUUACUCCAAGAGCUAUAACCCGUUUGACGACGACGAUGAAGAUUUGAAGCCGGUGAGGUGGAACGAUGGAGCGGACGACAACCUGGAGGAUCCCGCGGGGAGAGAGCGCAGGGAGGCUGCCAACAAGCAGCGGUACCUGCAGCAAGAGGUGCUGAGGCGAUCGACCGCCACGGUGGACAGCACGCACCGCUCGCUCUCUCUCAUUUACGAGUCAGAGAAGGUCGGGGUGGCCACUUCAGAGGAGCUUGUACGUCAGGGUGAGGCAUUAAAGCGCACUGAACAAAUGGUGGAUAAAAUGGAACAGGACUUAAAGACUAGUCAGAGACACAUGAACAACAUUAAAAGUGUCUUUGGUGGUUUUGUAAACUACUUCAAAUCCAAACCUCCAGAAACCAAGCCUGAGCAGAAUGGAGCACCCGAGUACUAUGCAAACAGCAGACUAAAAGAAGCUAUGGCCAACAGUAAAGAACAAGAGGCAAAGUACCAGGAGAGCCAUCCAAAUUUAAGGAAGCUAGACAAUUUAGAGUGUGAAAUCAGUGAGGCCAGUUCAGGUUAUUCUGUCCAACCUGAUAUUUAUCCAAAGAAUCAACAAGUUCGUGCCUACCACCAGAAAAUUGACAGCAACUUGGAUGAGAUGUCCUCGGGGCUGAGCCGCCUGAAAAACCUAGCCCUGGGUCUACAGACAGAAAUUGAUGAACAGGACACCAUUCUUGACCGGUUAACCCAAAAAGUUGAGACUCUGGAUGUCAAUAUUACCAGCACUGAAAGAAAAGUCCGACACCUUUAAAAACUUCACAGAAAUUCUUUGUGUAGUAUGUGAUCCUGGAUGGUUCAUCUUGCCAGAUUUCUUUAAAAAGAAAAAAAAAAUCUUGGACAAUUCCCAUUUCUUUCUCUGGUAUGUUAGUGACUUAGCUAUCAUUAAAAUGGCAUAAUCUUGAGUGAACCAUCAUAUUUAACACACUUCUUCUUAGUGAACACAUAAAAGGUCACUCUGGGCAACACAUCUUUUUGCAGCUGGCUUAAGGGUAAAGGCCUUAGUGCUAGAUGCCCUGCUUGGGUGUAUUAGUGUGUCACAUGUAGUUUUUCUUCUUACUCUGUGGCCAGGGACGUUUUUGCCUUACUUUUUGCAAAGAAAAGUAUAGUGUGUUCUGCCCAUUUUAGAACAAAUGUUGCUAAUUUUAAAAGUUUACUCUAUUUUGAAUGCUGAAAAUGCAGCUUUUGAGUUGCAAGAAUUAACUCUAAAUAUUUUCCUCUGACACUUCAGUGGAUACUUCUGAGAUCCUUAACCAACAAUCUGUUUGACAAAAGUUAUAAAAUGUCAGGUGUGGCAUGCAGUUAUGCUGUCUUUAAGCUGUGUUGAUCUCCCUUUUGCCAAAGAGAGAGGUUUAACAGGCUCACUUUGGUAGCGUUGAGAUAAUAGCCAAAUGUUAAUUUUUAACCAAGAAAGGCCCUAGUCUAGUAAAAAUUACUGUGUAAAGGUACAUGCCUUUGUUAACAUUUGCAGAACAGGGCCCAAAAAAAUUUGCUCUGAAAGCCUCCCUUUUUGAGAUUGCUGCAUGCUCCUUUGUAUGAGCUACUUUUUCCCAGGUGACCCAGUAGGUGAUUAUCCGAUAUACAAGAUCUCUCUUCCAAAUGGAGAUUCAGACCUGUGUGGCACAAGCAGCUUGCUGACUACCAUUUACAUUUUUUAAAGUUUUAAAGUGAAAUG